AUGCUGGGAGUCAACAGCUGGUUUGGGACCAGCGCGUAUGGCGACGUCAACGAGGAGAAUACCAAGACGAGAAGGAUGGACGCGGGGGAGAUGCGCCUACCUAUACUCUUUCUGGACUCUGACUCCCUUUUCUGGAGAGACGGUGUAGUGAAAUCCUCUUGCUGGCAGGUGCACGCGUUUGGGCACCUCGACGGCGACCUCGGGCUAAAGAACGGAGUGGUCGUGGCCGCCGCAAGCGAGUCGCUGGGCCUGCCCGCGGACGUCCGCGACACGCCCGGGGUGUACAAGGACGUCCGGAAGAUGGUCCACCGCUUCGACCGGGAGGAGACGGGGGCCAUUCUCACCAAAGUUCUACUUUGCGUAAGUCUUGAGACUUAG